AUGAAUGGAAUACUAGAGCGAUCUGAGACAGAGACCAAACAAAGGCUGAGUAGCCAGAUAGAAAAACUGGAGCACGAGAUCUCCCACCUGAAGAAGAAGUUGGAGAAUGAGGUGGAACAAAGACAUACACUUACCAGGAAUCUCGAUGUUCAACUGUUAGAUACGAAGAGACAGCUAGAUACAGAGAUAAAUCUUCACCUGAACACAAAAGAACUGUUAAAAAAUGCUCAAAAGGAAAAUGCUACACUGAAACAGCACCUUAGCAAUAUGGAAGUCCAGCUUGCUUCUCAGUCCUCACAGAGAACUGGUAAAGGUCAGCUGAGUGACAAAGAUUAUGUCGAUGAUCUUAUGAGUCAGCUAAGGCAGGCUGAAGAGCAGGUCAAUGACUUGAAGGAGAGACUCAAGACCAGUGCUAGCAAUGUGGAGCAGUAUCGGGCAAUGGUGACUAGUCUGGAGGAUUCUCUCAACAAGGAGAAGCAGGUGACUGAGGAAGUACAUAAAAACAUUGAAGUUCGUUUAAAAGAAUCAGCAGAGUUUCAGAAUCAGUUGGAGAAAAAGUUGAUGGAAGUAGAGAAAGAGAAACAAGAGCUUCAGGAUGACAAAAGAAAAGCCAUCGAAAGCAUGGAGCAGCAAUUAUCUGAAUUGAAGAAGACACUGUCUAGUGUUCAGAAUGAAGUACAAGAAGCUCUGCAAAGAGCAAGCACGGCUUUAAGUAAUGAACAGCAAGCCAGGCGUGACUGUCAGGAACAAGCUAAAAUAGCCGUGGAAGCGCAGAAUAAGUAUGAGAGGGAAUUGAUGCUACAUGCUGCUGACGUUGAAGCUCUGCAAGCUGCCAAGGAACAAGUUUCAAAAAUGGCAUCAGUCCGUCAGCAUUUGGAAGAAACAGCUCAGAAAGCAGAAUCACAGCUGUUGGCGUGUAAAGCAUCUUGGGAAGAACGAGAGAGAGUGGUGAAGGAUGAAGUUUCCAAGAGUGUGUCUCGCUGUGAAGAUCUAGAGAAACAAAACAGACUACUUCAUGAUCAAAUCGAAAAUUUAAGUAAUAAGGUGGUUGCCUCUAUGAAGGAGGUUGUGCAAGCACCAUUAAAUGUCUCUCUCAAUGAAGAAGGAAAAUCUCAAGAACAGAUUUUAGAAAUUCUUAGGUUUAUACGGCGAGAAAAAGAAAUUGCUGAAACUAAGUUUGAGGUGGCUCAGGUUGAGAGUCUGCGCUAUCGACAAAGAGUUGAACUUUUAGAACGGGAGUUGCAAGAACUUCAGGAUAGCUUGAAUGCAGAAAGGGAGAAGGUGCAGGUAACUGCAAAAACAAUGGCUCAACAUGAAGAAUUGAUGAAGAAAACUGAAACCAUGAAUGUAGUCAUGGAGACCAAUAAGAUGCUAAGAGAAGAAAAGGAAAGGCUUGAACAGAACCUGCAACAAAUGCAAGCGAAGGUGAGGAAACUGGAGUUAGAUAUUUUGCCUUUACAAGAAGCCAAUGCUGAGCUAAGUGAGAAAAGCGGUAUGCUGCAGGCAGAGAAGAAGCUCCUAGAAGAGGAUGUCAAGCGUUGGAAGGCUCGGAACCAGCAUCUGGUAAAUCAGCAGAAAGAUCCAGAUACAGAAGAAUAUCGAAAGCUUCUUUCUGAAAAGGAAAUUCAUACUAAGAGAAUUCAGCAGCUAAAUGAAGAAGUUGGAAGACUUAAGGCUGAAAUUGCAAGAUCAAAUGCAUCGUUGACUAACAACCAAAACUUAAUCCAGAGUCUGAAGGAAGAUUUAAACAAAGUACGAAAUGAAAAGGAAAACAUUCAGAAAGAUUUAGAUGCCAAAAUAAUUGAUAUACAGGAAAAAGUCAAAACAAUCACUCAAGUCAAGAAAAUUGGACGCAGGUACAAGACUCAGUAUGAAGAACUUAAAGCACAGCAGGACAAGGCCAUGGAGACUUCCACGCAGUCCUCUGGAGACCAUCAGGAGCAGCACAUCUCCAUCCAGGAAAUGCAGGAGCUCAAAGAUAACCUCUGCCAAUCCGAAACAAAGACAAAGUCACUCGAGGGUCAAGUAGAGAAUCUGCAGAAGACAUUAUCUGAAAAAGAAACAGAAGCAAGAAAUCUCCAGGAACAAACUGUGCAGCUUCAAUCUGAACUGUCGCGCCUUCGUCAGGACCUUCAGGAUAGAACUACACAGGAGGAGCAGCUCCGACAGCAAAUAACUGAAAAGGAUGAAAAGACAAGGAAGGCAAUUGUAGCAGCAAAAUCAAAAAUUGCACACUUAGCUGGUGUAAAAGAUCAGUUAACUAAAGAAAAUGAAGAGCUUAAACAAAGGAAUGGAGCUUUAGAUCAACAGAAGGAUGAACUGGAUGUCCGAAUGACUGCUCUUAAGUCCCAGUAUGAAGGUCGGAUUAGUCGCUUAGAAAGAGAGCUCAGAGAGCAUCAAGAGAGACACCUUGAGCAGAGAGAUGAACCUCAGGAACCCACUAAUAAGCCUCCAGAACAGCAGAGACAGAUCACACUGAAAACUACUCCAGCUUCCGGUGAAAGAGGAAUUGCCAGCACAUCAGACCCACCAACAGCCAAUAUCAAGCCAACUCCUGUUGUUUCUACUCCAAGUAAAGUGACAGCAGCAGCUAUGGCUGGGAAUAAGUCAACACCCAGGGCAAGUAUCCGCCCAAUGGUUACACCUGCAACUGUCACAAACCCAACCAAUACCCCAACCGCAACCGUAAUGCCCACCACACAGGUGGAGUCACAGGAAGUCUGGUCUCCAACUCAUGAUCCUUUUACCUCAUCAUCUCAAUUGCCAUGCUCUGAUUUGAGGUUUAAAUUGUAUAAUCUGAAAGUUUCAGCAACCCCAAGUUCCUCCUUGCCAAAACGCACUUGGGAGGAGGAGGAGGACAGCACCGUAGAAGCAGCAGACCAGGUCUCUGAUGACACAGUGGAAAUGCCUCUCCCAAAGAAGCUGAAGACAGUCACGCCCGUGGGAACUGAGGAAGAAGUUAUUGCAGAAGAGAGUACUGACGGAGAGGUAGAAGCUCAAGUUUAUAAUCAGGAUUCUCAAGAUUCCAUUGGAGAAGGAGUCACCCAAGGAGAUUAUACACCUAUGGAAGACAGUGAAGAAACGUCACAAUCUCUACAAAUCGAUCUUGGACCACUUCAGUCAGAUCAGCAAACUACUUCUUCCCAGGAUGGUCAAGGCAAAGGAGAUGAUGUAAUUGUAAUUGACAGUGAUGAUGAAGAUGAUGAUGAAGAAAAUGAUGGAGAACAUGAAGAUUAUGAAGAAGAUGAGGAUGAUGAGGAUGAUGAUGAAGAUGACACGGGGAUGGGAGAUGAGGGUGAAGAUAGUAAUGAAGGAACUGGUAGUGCAGAUGGUAAUGAUGGAUAUGAAGCUGAUGAUGCUGAGGGUGGUGAUGGGACUGACCCAGGUACAGAAACAGAAGAGAGUAUGGGCGGAGCCGAAAACAAUCAGAGAGCUGCUGACUCUCAAAACAGCGGUGAGGGAAGCACAAGUGCAGCAGAGUCCUCUUUCUCUCAGGAGGCUGCUCGGGAGCAGCAGCCCACGUCGGCAUCUGAGAGGCAGACCCCGCGAGCACCCCAGUCACCAAGGCGCCCACCACAUCCUCUUCCCCCACGCCUGACUAUUCAUGCUCCACCUCAGGAGUUGGGGCCACCAGUUCAGAGAAUUCAGAUGACCCGGAGGCAGUCUGUAGGACGUGGACUUCAACUGACUCCAGGAAUAGGUGGUAUGCAACAACACUUUUUUGAUGAUGAAGACAGAACAGUUCCGAGUACCCCAACUCUUGUGGUGCCGCAUCGCACUGAUGGCUUUGCUGAAGCUAUUCAUUCCCCACAGGUUGCCGGUGUUCCUAGAUUCCGGUUUGGGCCACCUGAAGACAUGCCACAGACAAGUUCCAGUCACUCUGAUCUUGGCCAACUUGCUUCUCAAGGAGGUUUGGGAAUGUAUGAAACACCCCUCUUUCUGGCUCAUGAGGAAGAGUCUGGUGGCCGCAGUGUUCCCACUACACCUCUCCAAGUAGCAGCCCCAGUGACUGUGUUUACUGAGAGUACCACGUCUGAUGCUUCAGAGCAUGCCUCUCAGUCUGUUCCGAUGGUGACAACAUCCACGGGCACUUUAUCCACGACAAACGAAACAGCCGCUGGAGAUGAUGGAGAUGAAGUGUUUGUGGAGGCAGAGUCUGAAGGUAUUAGUUCAGAGGCAGGCCUAGAAAUUGAUAGCCAACAGGAAGAGGAGCCUGUGCAGGCAUCUGAUGAGUCCGAUCUCCCCUCAACCAGCCAGGACCCUCCGUCCAGCUCUUCUGUGGAUACUAGCAGCAGUCAGCCGAAGCCUUUCAGAAGGGUGAGACUUCAGACAACGUUGAGACAAGGCGUUCGUGGUCGUCAAUUUAACAGACAGAGAGGUGUCAGCCAUGCAGUGGGAGGAAGAGGAGGAAUAAAUAGAGGGAAUAUUAAUUAAGUGACCUGUAAACUAUUAACACCUGUGAAUAAGAUUGGCAAAUCUGUUUUAAUAUAAUGAUUGUCAAGUUGAGAAGUGUUUUGUAUAAAUAGGUAUGCUCAUUUCAACAUUCUUUAUUAAUAAAAUGUAUUUCAAUGUCAAAA